AUGCACGCCCCCGAGGCGACCCUCUCGGUGCUCGCGCCCUUUGAGGCCUACCAGGCGGCUCGCGUCGACUUCGCCCAGGGCGUUGCGGGCCUCGCCUCGGCCGGCCGCGCCCAGCAGCCCUCGCACGAGGUGGAUGCGAGCGAAAAGAUGAUUGCCGCGCUGGAGGCCUCGGACACGGUGGGGGGAAACGUGACAGCGCUGCUGAUGGACCCAGCGCCGUCUGUGCAACGCACCGCAAUGAUCGCAAUGGGCAGGAUGUGCGGCCAGUCCCUUGCGCUCUGCCAACAGCUGUGCACGACAGAGAACCUUCGCCUCACCCUAAGCCGUGUCGCGCUCGGCGCGGCACCGGGCCUCCUGCGGGCGGCGCUCUUCCUGUUGUACACAUGCGCGUCCACCUCGGCAGAGGCCGCGCGGGAGCUGGUCGACCUGGGCGCCCUUGCUCCGCUGUGCGAGCGCGUCGAGGCCCUCGACCCGGCCAUCAAGACGGACGCGGUCUGGUGCCUGGCCGCAAUUGCGAGGCACGGCGCUCCACUCGCCAAGGAGGUGGUGGAGAGCGGGGCGCUGCCGCUGCUCAAGCUGUGCCUCAAGGAGCCGUCGGCGACGCUGCGGCGCAUCACUCUCUCCUGCCUCGGCUGCAUCGGCCAGCACAACACCGACCUCGCCUCCGCGCUAGUGAGGGAGGGCCUCUUGCCAGAGGUGCUCCCGUGCCUUCGCCACCGGGACGCGGUGCUCCGGCGGCAAGCGUGCCGAGCGCUCGCUGUGAGCGCGCAGCACCUCGAUGAGCUC